GGGCAGAUCUCGAUCUGAUGAAAUGAUUAUCAACUGGAGUUCUAGGAAUAAAAAAUAGUUCUGAACCCAGUGAUUUAAAAACACGUUGAUUUCAAGACAUUACGAGCCAGUUCUUCAAUACAACUUUUUUGUUUUUUUUCUAAUAAUUUGUUGAACAAAAAUUAUCUACUUGUGGCGAUAGUAAUGUGUUUAAAAGCAUUAUUGACGCAUUGCAUGGUCAAAAUAGCUUAAAAUCAUUGUUCCAUUAUAUAUUAUUUGAUAUUCCUGUCACAUCUAAAUGAUCUAAUGUAUUUUGGAUGCUUGAAGUGGAAGACUUUAGUCCUUUCAAAGCAAGGAGCCAACUAAGAAGGCCGUAAAAGGAAAACCAAACUCGUUUAUACAGAAAACUACCAAGAUUUGCUGAUACAACCAAAAUGAAACGAGGUACCGUGGGUAUAACUGUAGAAAAAGGUUCCAGUAACACAUAAUUUAUAACAUGGUGACACACAAGAAUUCAUCAUCACGCAUAACUAAGAGAAGGGAGUUUUGGUGAUAGGGAAUGUAGACGCAAGCAACAUUGAAAGAACUGCCUGGACACAAGCCAAGAAAAUCUCACAGUGGAUCUGUUAUCCUCGUAUUUCGAUGUUAUGAAGAUGCUGUGGUUUGUGAGCGAAGAACGCUAAGACCGGCAUAAUAUGGUAUACUCGACCAGGGGGAAAACGUUUAUACCCAAACGAGACUCUUGUGACGGGGCUAUCCAGGCUUAUAUUAGUGCAUCCCUUUUAUGAUUUUCAUAUUGCACUUGUUUCGGGAGGAAAUAUUAAAUCGUCUGAUAUGGAAUCAUAAUUCAUAGAUAGAUAACAAGGGGACAGUCGCUUUCUCAAUUUUAAAACUAUUCCCCGAGAUAUUACGAUAAGAAUUACUCGCUAGAGAAAGGUGGUUGAGAAACGGAACAAGUCAGAAGAUACAACUAGUGAAGACAAUCAUUUCAGUGGCUCUUUUUGGAACCGAUAUUAUGGAGGUCUGCGAGAUCGCACGGGCUCUAUACGCUUUCGACAGUAAUACUGGAAUGAAAUUUGACGCUGGGCAACUUUUGAACGUUUUUGAAAAGGGUGAAGAUGGAUGGUGGUGGGGCGAAGUUCAGAACUCCAAAAUUGAAGGAUGGUUCCCAGCCACAUAUGUGUCGACGUUGGAACAGAAAAUUGUUCACGGCAUUGAUCUGCCCCCCAACUGGUCAGCAUUUCAGACCGAGCAAGGAAAGACAUAUUAUGUUAAUUCCGCCACACAAGAACGAACUUGGACAUUACCAACAACCAAUAAUAACAAUGUUCAUUCAACUCAGCCAGCUCAAGGUGCUAAAACAAAAUCUCUUGAAAGAGAAGAUAAAAGAAGUCUAAGAAAGAAACCAAGCUUUUCAAAAAGACCUACGACUGUUGUUAGAAACUUCAUGACAUUUCCACACGCUGAUUCCCGACAUGGGCAGACAUUGUUUAACCCAGGACAGUACAGUUACUGUGACCACUUCUGGGAUGAUAAAGAAGAUCUUUCUGGAUUAGAUAUUCUUAUUGGCAGAUAUACAUUUGGCAGAACAGUCAACAAAGAAAUGACAGAAUUUAUUAGAGAAAGAGCUAUUGUCGAAGACGCUUAUGCUAAAAGUUUAACGAAGCUCGCAGCGUCUAUUUACGGUGAUCAGGAAGAAGGAACUCUUGGAAAAGCCUGGAAACAUCUGAAAGCGAAACUACAGGACGAAGCCAACGCUCAUCAAGCCUUUGCAGUUAAGUUGGUUAAUAAAGUUCAGAAACCAAUUCAGGCAAAGGACGCGGAGGAACAGAAGGCAGACAGAAAGAAGCAUGAUCAGUUUAAAGAUUUACUUCACGAGGACAGAAAAGUCAUCUCAUCGACAUUCGGAAUCGUUGAGAAGGCUCGAGAAAGUGUUGCGGAGAAGCAAAAGGCUGUCGGUGAGAAAGAAAUAACUGCACAACAAUCUUCAAAGGCCUUGGAUAAAUACGAGAAGGCAGUGAAGAAGACAGUGCAAGCAGGUCACGGACAUCGCAAAGCUGUUGAAACGUACAACGCAAGCCAACGAAAGUGGGUCGACGAUAUGGUUUCCGCGUGCUCGAUUUUGGAAAAGCAAGAAGUCGACAGAGUCGAUUUUCUCAAGAAACAAAUUAUGCUUUAUGUUUUCCUGCGAAAAGAAGUGAAUGAGAUAUGUGAAAAGGCCAUGGAGGAAAUUGUCAGUAAAGUUGACGAGGUCGACGCUUUGAAAGACAGGAAAUAUUUCAUUGAUAAAUAUGGAACGGGGUCGUUACGGCCGGUUGAUAUGCCGUAGCAAGGGCCUCCCUCCCUCUAGCCCAACUACUAAAGCCAACCCCACCUACAUGAAACGAAUUUCAUUUCAGUGCUUGGUUUGGUUCUAACAAAGAGAGCGGUGAACUAGAGGAAUCAUCUCUCUAAAGAUCUUAAAAUGAUAACGUUUGAAAAAACUAAUCACAAAACGCCUUCAAAUAAGAUAGGUAGUUACUUGUAAAAUAUGCCUGGCUACAACGUUUUCCAUUUGCCACUAUAGAGGUCCAACAUGCAAAUAAGAAUCAAUUUUCAGCAAUCAGUAUUUGAAGCGCUGGGCCUAAAAAAUUUUUAGCAAGAUGGCAUUUAUUUCGCUCAAAAAAUUGCUAAAACGUGUGCAUGACGCGUGAUGCUUUCAUAGAAAAAAAUGUGAACGAAAUAAGGCUGAAAUCUGUUCUCCCUUCAGACUUAAAAACUUAGUUUUGAGCACUAUAAAACAGUGCUAAAACAGGCUGAGAUUAACUUGAUCAACACCUUCAAGUAAAUCAAAGGAAAAUUGAAUGGCUUAGUUAUAAUUUUAAAAAAAUUACAAUCAAAGUCAGGCAUCAGGCAUGAAGAAUAUUUCAUAUAUUAUUUAAUAAUUUUCAUUAGAGACUAGUAAAUGCAAUUAUCAAAUUCAACACAAAAACUAUACUUUGUACAAAUAAUUUUCAUAGAUCAACAUUUGGGUAUAUAUAAUUUU